CCUUUUCCAGUUCAUGUCAUCUGAUUCUCCAUCCACAUUUUUCCUCCAAUUUGCUUAUGAAAAUUCUUAUUCCCAUUUGCCAAUUCAAUCUCUCAUUUUCCUCUUCCUGCUCGUACUUCCGCCAUUAUUACUAAUUUUUACCUUCACUGCAUCUUCUUCUUCCGCCUUCCGAUAUUGAUUUGGAUUUUCUAGGGUUUAACAUUCGCUGUUGAAUUUUAUGGGAUUGAAUUUUGAGCUUUACCCAAUUUUCUUUGUCUUUCAGGCGGGGUUGAAUUGUUAACCCCUUGUGUAGAGCUGUCCUGUUUGGAAUUUGAAAUUUAAGGCUUUGUGAGUUCUAAAUUGUCUGUUUCUCGUCGAGAUUUUUCUGCUGACCUUUUUGAUCAUUCGUCGUGUUUGGUUUAUAAGAUUUUUGGCUUUUUUUUUUUGCUUCGGAUUUUUUCGUUUCUUGUUAAAUUAGCUUGUUCUUGGCCUAUCUAUGUAAUUCUACAAGAAAUGCCGGACUCCAAUUUCCAAGACGUGAUGUACGGUUCCGGAGUCAUGAACAACGUUGCCCAGGAUUUGGAUAACGUUCAGACUCAAGUUGGCGAUGAAGACGACAACGUUACCGGCCGGGAAGAGUCCAUUGACAACCCUCAGAUGCGCUUUGAAGACUCCGGGGGGAUGAGCGGCUCGGUCUCAGCGAUGAACCGAGUCCAGGAUAUUGUUCCUUCGGCGUAUAUUUCCAGCUCUGAUUACAACCCUUUGAUUGGAAACGGUGGUGCCGAUCAGCUUACGCUGUCAUUCAGAGGGGAGGUUUACGCUUUUGACUCUGUAUCGCCGGACAAGGUGCAAGCCGUACUUUUGCUUUUAGGUGGAUAUGAAGUUCCUUCUGGUAUUCCUGCUGUUGGAAGUAUUCCUGUCAAUCAACAGGGUGCUGAUGGCUUUCCUGUCAGGUCGGCGCAACCGCAAAGAGCUGCUUCAUUGAGUAGGUUUCGAGAGAAGAGGAAAGAAAGGUGUUUCGGGAAGAAAAUCCGUUACAAUGUGCGAAAAGAAGUUGCACUCAGGAUGCAGCGGAAGAAGGGCCAGUUUAUAUCGUCUAAAGCUAUUCCAGAUGAAGAGGGCUCAUCUUCAGUUUUGGCUCUAACUUUGGAUUCUGGUCAAGAUGAUGGCUUGUUGGAAACUUCAUGCACACAUUGUGGAGUCAGUUCAAAAUCUACCCCAAUGAUGCGUCGAGGACCAGCAGGCCCGAGGACUCUGUGCAACGCAUGUGGGCUGAAGUGGGCCAAUAAGGGAAUUUUGAGGGAUCUUUCCAAGGUUUCAACCGCUGGCACUCAGGAGCCCUCUGUGAAGGAGACUGAACAGAGCGACGGUGAAACCAACGAGUCCGAUGCUGCUAUAAACGUGGAUGUCCUGGCUUCCAAUGGUGGUAAAUAGGGCCAUAAACCAGAGAAGGUAGAUGUAUAAAAGUUGAAGAAGGAGCCACCAUGUGAGUAUUCCAACCAGUUGUGUGUGCAGUUUAGAGAGAGUAUAAGAAGAAUUGCUUCCCCAUUUGCAACCAAUCUUAUUUCCAUAGGUGUAAAUAUAGAUGAGAUUUAGAAGGUUGGUGCUCAAAGUUCUUGCACUUUUCAAUGGUGGGAUCAAAGGCUCUGAUAAGUUGAUUACUAAGCUUUCUUAUCUAUUCUCUUCAAUGUUCGGUUAAGAUGUAAUCUUCCAUCCCUCUGUAAAUGGGCGAUUAAAUGCUUCACAUUCAUCACACUCCUUUCAUUUUUUGUUUUUCUUCUUAUUAGCUUACAAAUAAAUAAAAUAUUAGUGUAAUUUAUGGCCUCCAA